GUUUGCUUGCGGUAGUUGUGCUUUCGAGUUCGUAAAUAGAAGGUGUUUUUAUCAGCGCGGCAGUGCUUUUCUUUUAUUUUCAUUGCAUGUCUCAUUUUAGAGAAACUCGCGAGAAAAAAAAUACCCGGAGCCAUUCGUAUACUUUUUAACAGUGAUCGAUUCUCGAGUGUACCUACCUACCUAUCAAUAAACAAUGGAACAUUUGUAGUUCUCGGCAAUCUCUACGGCGUUCAACGUGAGGCCUAUUUUUAUCCCAACUAAAAGCGUAAUUUCUUCUACCGUACGGAGAGGCAUUAUCAGAAAAGGAUGAUAUUCUUGUGACGCGCGUGAUUACGAAUAUCGAGGAAUAUUUUAGUGCAAUAUUGUUGGUGUUGUGUCCCGUUAGUAGCUAGAAAAGGGAGGCAGGGUUAUUGUGAAUCUUGUCCAAAGAAGUGAAAUUUUGGUGAACAAAGAAGCCCAACACAUCGCCUACUGUGCUCUACAUUGCAAAGAUUUUUUUUAGCCAAGUCCAAGGUAAUCGUCACCAUCGAAACACAAUUAAAACAACAUCAUGCAGCGGUGGUGGUUUCUUGACGAGAAGAACGGAUCGGCCAGCAGCUUAACUUCGUCGCCAGGGACGUCAACGAAAAAAACGAAACCAUCCAAGCCUGUUGGUGACCGACGCCACAAGUUUCGAGUGCUGGUCACCUAUGAACUGCUGAAGGAUGAAACCAUAGCCGUUACAGGAAACUGCGAAGCCUUGGGCAACUGGGAGCCGGAACAUUGUGUUCAAAUGCAGCUGGAAGAUGGUUCAUCGAAUAUCUGGUACCUGGAAAUAGACCUACCUCAGAAUGUGGCCAUCACAUAUCGGUAUUUUAUUUGCUCCAUGGAUCCCACUAGCGAAAAUGUGCACGUCCGACGUUUCGAGACCCAUAUUGAACCCCGAACUAUUCCAAUCGACGGCGCCUCUAGCCAAACGGACCAAGAAACCAAAAUUGACACACUCGGUGAUAUAGAUGGGUCGAUCAAACUAGACAGGGGCUGGCUUACCAGCGAGACAAUAAUACAGUUUAAGUUCUUCGACAACCCCUUUUUGGUAAAGGAGAGAAUUAAAAAUCGACUACUGUAUGUUAAGAUAACUCCGAUGAAUCUUCGUAUCAAUGCAGAGUCCCAGAGCCUAUCGACCUUGUUGGACGAAUCGCUGUCCAGUGAUACUCGGGAAAAUGGAACCGAUCAUCAAGCCUAUGCUUUCACGGAAGUGGUGUCGAUGGGCAAUCCGAAGGCAACAUUUGAACAACAAUCCCAAUUUGGGUGUCCCUAUCAUCCGGAAGACUUCCUAGUAUUCAAUGUGACGGUGGCAGAGCCAGAAAACGUGGCCUAUCUAGUUGAUCUGUAUACGUACAGUUCACGUUCCAAGGAGGAUGAACCACCUUACCAUUUGGGCUAUCAUUAUAUUUUACCCAACUUUUUGAAGAAAUCUGAAGGCAUUCUAGAGCUUCCAGUGACUUGUGCUAGUAAACAUCGUCCACUGGGCAUGAUGCGCAUCGAGUACCUGAAAGUUACCCCCCUGCUUCCCUCUCGAUGUAAUCUUGAGCGAUCCUUUAUUAGAUAUUGGAAUAAGCGAUGGACUGGGCUUGAUGUUGGCCAUAGAGGCUCAGGUACCAGUUUUAAGGCCAGCGACGGAAACGUGAUCAGAGAGAAUACGAUUGCUUCCCUGAAAAAUGCCGUUGCUCAUGGCGCUGACAUGGUUGAAUUCGAUGUUCAGCUAAGCAAAGACUUGGUACCGGUUAUCUACCAUGAUUUCGACAUUUAUGUCUCGCUGAAACGUAAAACUACCCUCGAGAUAAAUGAUAUGUUGGAGUUGCCGAUGCGCGAAUUGACGCUUGAGCAGCUGAAAAAUCUAAAGGUCUACCAUGUCGUAGAAGGUAGAAACCGUGAAGCACGCUUCUUCGACGAGGAUCUCGACGAACAUCAGCCAUUCCCACAGUUGGCCGACGCGCUGGAACUGAUCGAUCCUCACUGUGGUUUCAAUAUAGAAAUCAAAUGGUCCCAGAAACUCAAAGACGGCUCUAUGGAAUCAGACUUAAAUUUCGAUUCGAAUCUAUACGUUGAUUGUAUUUUAAAAGUCGUUCUAGAGAAGGCCGGUAACCGACGGAUCGUUUUCUCUUGCUUCGAUGCGGACAUUUGUACGAUGUUGCGUCUGAAGCAAAACCUGUACCCGGUGAUGUUCCUGACGCUAGGUGUUACCAGUAAAUAUCCGAGCUAUCACGAUCCGCGGUGUAACUCGAUCGAAAUGGCUGUGAGAAACUCCUGCGCUACCGAGCUGCUAGGAAUAGUCGCGCAUACCGAGGAUCUAUUGCGCGAUCAAACACAGGUUAAUCUAGCAACAGAGAAAGGGUUGAUCGUAUUUUGUUGGGGCGACGAUAAUAACUGCAAAGAUACUAUCAAGCAUUUGAAGAGCCUCGGGAUUCAUGCUAUAAUCUACGAUAAGAUGGACAUUUACUCAGAUAAGACUGUAAAAGAAAGUGUAUUUUUAGUGGGUGCUCGCGAAUCCCAGGCCGCGUUGCUACAGCAGAUAGAUAUCGAAAACCGCCACGAGCAAAUCGUUCACCACGAUUUCGUAGUCCAACCCAAACCAAACAAGGCCCCUUCUAUAGAUGCCACAUCGAACGCGCCGCUAUCUCCAAAAUCUGCUGCUUGAGUGGGUGGCGAUUGACUAUAUCCCUGGAACAGGAUUCAGGUAAAAAUUGUUUAUAUGUAUGAGCGUGGGAAAAAUAAUAUAUCGUCAUCUAAAUCCCCUGUGUUGUGAUGAGAAUGAUCCAGACUCAGUCAUCGGUGAUCAUAUUUAAAGACCUUCGAAUUUAUACUGAAUAAAACAAAUGUUGUUCUUACUAUUCAUCUUACUUAACUGUUGUUAAAAGCAAUCAUGCAAAGGCUAUGAGCAGUAAAAGAUCAUAUUUUUUCAAAACUGUAGAGCUAAUAGCAAAUUACUUUUUGAAUUAAAGCACAUUUUUUAUAUUUCUACUCUUUAGACUUUAUCUUGGUAGACAGAUUCACACUUAAAUACAACCAAAAAAUAAGUUUACACACAACAAGCCUAAUAAAAUUUGACGGGUAAUCUGAGAUUACAUGAAA